AUGAUAUCGGCCGCCGCGUUACCCCUCAAGCCUCCAACAAGGAGGCCUACAGCCAGAUCUAGACAACUAAAAGACGACGAUCAGAAGCCACCAAAUGAUCCAGACGAGGAUGCCGCUGCACGGAUGCGUCUUAAACGAAAAUUGCAACGGAAUCGAACGUCUUUCAGUCAAGAACAAAUUGAAGCUCUUGAAAAAGAAUUUGAACGUACUCAUUAUCCGGAUGUUUUUGCUCGAGAACGGCUCGCUCAAAAAAUCGGCCUCCCUGAAGCACGAAUACAGGUCUGGUUUUCGAAUCGACGAGCGAAAUGGCGUCGAGAAGAGAAACUACGAAACAAGCGACCAGGCGGUCUUAUGGAUACGUCCAUGUCGAAUGGCACUCCAACACCAACGGGUUCGGGUCCCGGUAGUGCUAUCGACGGUUCACCAGCUCCAGCGCCAAAUCGUUUUGCAACGAAUCCGACGGCGGUCAGCGCCAGUUUCGUACCAUCAGCCGGUCAAAUGUAUACCGGUUUAGCGCCACAAGCCAUGGAUCCUUAUGCGUUUGGAUUCGCUAACGCUGGUCUUGGCAUGGCACCCUAUCAGCCAACAGCUGACUUCAGCUCACAUCAUAUGUUCAAUGCAAGUACACGAUCACCCUAUGACGCAUUCCAUCCAUAUGCUCGAGCUAUGCCAACCAGUGGUGGACCAUCAUUUCAAUCUUCGAUGAAUCCCACGACGACGUCUGUUGGAGGUAAUACUGUUCUCCUGGUUUCUUAG